AUGUUAACCAACCUGGGCCUUCAGCAAAACUUCCAGGUUGGUUCGGACUAUCGUGACCUUUACAUCUCGUCCGACUCUCCCAAGCAGAUUCUUGGUAUCUCCGAGGACAAGUACGUCCUGUCACAAACCUCCGCUUCAGCUCCAGAUGAGCUUGUCCUACUCAACACUGCCACGGCUUUCCUCCAGGGUCGUUAUCCUCCACUUGACGCUUCUUUUGCUUCCCAGUCUUUGAAUAACGGUACAAAUUAUACAAAACCGCGAGUGGUGUAA